CUCCAAACGGUGAGGGCGGAAAAAAACACGGAAGCGCUGCAAAGAAAAACACGACAGGACAGAGCGACACGUAGGCUGAGCCAAAAUGGACUUUAAUUAAAUACAUUACUGUUCAUGUCAGACGGCAUUAUUGGUCUGUUUGUUAGUUUAGUCCGCACCUGUCUGUCCUAAAUGGAGAAAGACAGAAGUGUGGUUCUGGCCACAGAGAGAUAUGGCAGUGCAGAGUCCUGGAAGUAUGUUGGAAAGGAUGGAGUCAUGGAGAGGAGAAGAGACGGGACUGAAGGUGUAUCGAGAGGAAACUCUGUUAUUGGAGUUUUUAAAAGUGUCUUUCUGCCUCAAGGAUAUCCAGAGAGUGUCAGUAACGAUUACCUGCAGUACCAGUUUUGGGAUACUGUGCAGGCUUUCUCCAGCUCUCUGUCCGGGACUUUAGCCACUCAGGCCUCUCUCAAAGGUGUCGGCGUUGGAAAUCAAGAGGCAACGGUAGCUGCGGCCACAAUCACCUGGUUACUAAGAGAUGGGACUGGCAUGUUGGGAAGAAUCCUCUUCGCUUGGCAGAAAGGCACUAAACUGGACUCUGAGGCCAAAAAGUGGAGACUUUUUGCUGAUGUUCUUAAUGACAUUGCCAUGUUCAUGGAGAUACUGGCUCCAUACUCUCCUGCUUUCUUCACCCUGAUUGUGUGUACUGCUGGGAUAUUCAAGUCCAUUGUUGGCGUGGCAGGCGGAGCGACCAGAGCUGCUCUGACUGUUCAUCAGGCUCGCAGAGACAACAUGGCUGACAUCUCGGCCAAAGAUGGCAGUCAGGAAACGUUAGUAAAUCUGGCUGGACUGCUGAUCAGUUUGAUACUCAUUCCCCUCGUCACUGAUAAUCCAAUACUGACUCUCAGCCUCUUCUUCCUCUUCACUGCCCUCCACCUCUUUGCCAACUACAAGGCUGUGCGUUCUGUUAUCAUGGAAACCUUCAAUGAGGCGCGGCUUUCCAUCGUACUGCAGCAGUACCUGAGAGACAAACGGAUCCUGAGUCCACCAGAGGCCAAUCUGAGAGAACCUGUUUUCAUGGAGUUUAGGAAAACAGUGCCAAUCAAACUUGGAGUGAGGCUACAGGAUGUUGUAGAAAGCCCAGAGGAACUUAACUUGGCUUUGAAGAAUAACAACAUGCCUUUCCUAUUAGGAGUACGAAACGGCUGCGUAUGUGUUUGUUUGGGACCAGAAGCAUCAGUUCACGAUGAAAUCAGAGCGAUGUGCCAAGCUGUGUGGCUCAGCAGAAUGUUGACUCCAACUUCCAGAGAACGUACAAAACAACAGCAAAGUCAGUGGGAAAUGGUGCAUGACACUCACACGUUGAUGGACACGAUUUUCAAUCCAUUUCUCAAAGAUGUGGAAGCGGCAGGAUGGGACCUGAAACGAACUCUCCUGGACUGGGAUGAGUGGAGGGUCGAAUGGAAAACAAAAAGCAACUGAGCUAUGAGACAUCUGCAGCCUUUUCACAUCGCUUAUAUCACAUUUCAUAAUGUUGACGUAAAUGUUGUUUAAAUACCCCUUAUUUGAUUCAUUGUGUGUUCAAAUCUCAAUGGGUUUGAUAGAUGUCAAAUAAAAAAAAAAUCUAUAUUCGUAUGGGAAUAUUUUUUUAUUUUUACAGUUAUAUAUUAAUUCAUAGCUGGAUGGUCAGUGAGCAGAUAUCAUAGUUGCUCUUUUGUCUUUUUUUUAUGUGCACCUGUGUACAAAUGUGUCAUGCAAAUAAAAUACGACUGACUGCCCUUC